UAGUUGUACGUAACCGUAGCCUCGUAGCGCGCGGCUUCAGUCCGCAAGUAGCUUUCGCGGCGCGCGCGCACCCGCCUACGCUAACCGUUCCUUUCAAACGCGCGCGAUAUGCCGCCGAGCCGAUCGAAGGACCAACUUCGUCGCUUGUACUAUUGAUCCCAACAAUUUGGGACUAUGUUGUGAUGUGAUUGUGAGGAUAUGCCGAGUGAUGGUGUCCACAAUGAGUGCGCCACUGAAUUGGCACAAAUGGCUAGUGCUCGCGCUGCUCGGAUUGGCUUUGUCCGCUCAGCCAAUUGGCUGCGAUUACACUGCCAUCGUCGAGAAAUUUGGAGCGGAAGCUGUGGAUCGGUGCAAUGAGAAAUGUCCUUUCCAGAACCGUACUGGAGAUGGCCGCUUCGACGUCAACUGUGGUGCCGAAUGCAGCGUCCAGCAGUGCACGCUGGGCUGCAGUUUGUGGAGACAGGGGUUGGAGCUUUCCUGCCAAACAAUAUGCAAUGUUACAUCCGAAACGGUAGUCUCCCGUGAGCUGUAUUGUGUCAUGGGAUGCAUCGAAGCUCUUAACUCGUACUUCCAAAAGCUAAGAGACUUAAUUGGCACUCCUCCGGCCCCAGCGUUAGUCGCAGACAGUUUGACAGCGACGUCACUAUCCCUCGUGUGGGAGGCGCCCACCCUCGGCAACCUGAGCUACCUGGUACAGUGGCGCUACGAAGAGUUGCCCGGAACCUGGCAGUACUACUCUAAUUCUAGUCAUUCUGACCGCUCUAUCAUACAUGUGGAUAAUUUACGGCCUUACACCAAAUAUAGGUUCCGAGUGGCCAUCUUCCUCUCGGGCCGCAGCGGUGCCAGCGAGCCAGUUUACUCCGCACCGUCAGUCGUCAUCUCGACACUCUCGAGUGGCAAGCCAAGUUCUGCGCCGUCUACCUUAAGAGCUGCCGCGCCAGAUUCGAGCAGGAUCGCCAUAUCCUGGGAGCCGGGAGCGUUCCCGAACGGACCGCUCAUCUCGUACGUGCUGCGGCUUUCGGAUCUCAACUCAAGUCUGCCCAACACUCUCUAUGUGGAGGACAUGCCAGCCUCCAACUACACGUUGUUCUACAUGUUCCAAAAUCUGGCGGCGGGGCGUAUGUACGAGGUCUCAGUGGCCAUGGCCAAUGCCGAGGGCGAGGGCCCUCCGGCCUUUGUUAAUGUUUCCACACCAGCUCAACCCUCAUCGGUGACCAGUCAACAACCCAUAUUGAUAUUGGGUGGAGAGCAGAACAUUCUAGCUGCGCCUGCCAACGACAUGCUAUCCGACCCGGUGGAGCUUUUUAGUACCGACUCUAAUCACACUAUAACUGGUGUCGGACUUGACGUAUCAAGAGACUACCUUUUCGUCUCCGUAUCUAACGGCUACGUCUAUCGAAGCUCUCUUAGCAACAAGACCACUCCAAAGCCGAUCCUCACACCCGACACCACUGCCUACCAACCCCUAGACUUGUCCGUCGAUUGGUUGAACAGACACCUGUAUGUGCUAGGGAGGGUUCGCCAUGGGAAGGAGGAGUGGUCAGAACAUUGGGAAAUUUUGAGAUGCGAUUUCGAUGGGAAGAACCAGUUGGUUGCGUUGUCUGGGUUCACUUCUUCGCCGAUUCAUUUUGAGGUGGAUGCCUAUAACGGGUAUCUCUUCUGGGCUCUCCGAGGCGUAGAACGCGGAGGUCUAUAUCGACUGGACCUCGCAGACAUAUCGAACGGGGUCAGGCACGAGUCCCCGCCCGAGCGAAUAGUGCCGGACGCACACCUGGGCGGCUUCACUGUGGACCACAAGGACUUUAGGCUGCUGGUAGCUCAUCUUAGGCAAAACACGGUGUUAGCUGUAUCGCUCGACGGACGUGAAAUAUCGGACUUUCGGCACAACAUGCAAAAACCGAUGUUCAUGUCAACGCGCUCUAUAGCGUACGUGAACGGCCUUUUCUAUUGGACCAACGGCAAAGAAAUGCUAACAGAAGAAUACCAUAAAGGCAGCGACAACUAUUUUCACAACGAAUACCCAUUAGUGUUUAAUACUAAAAAGAUAGCCACACGGCAAGUGUUAGUCGCAUGUUGUCAGCCGAUUCCAGUGCCAGUGAAUCCACCGAUUGGAGUUCAAAGUGUUAUGGGGAUAACUCGUGCAAAGGUGUCUUGGUCGCCGCCGCAUUUGCUUGGACAUCAGGGCAGCGGCGCGUGGCAGCAGUGGGCCUUUCAUCUGCAGUUACAGCAUGUGGACACUGGGGAGAUUAUAGACAGGAAAAACAUAAAUGGAUCGAUGUAUGUUGUUGAAGAUCUAAAGCAAGACGCUAACUAUACCAUCAAAGUUGCAGCAGUUACACAGUCGGGCACAGGUCCGUGGUCAUCAGUGUUCUUUGGUAAGACCUUAGCGUCUUCCCCUACAACGUUGAAUAGCACGUUAGUAUGGUCUGGCCCGGAUGGUCUACUGCAAACUGAUUUGACUGGAGACAACUUACAAACAUUGAUACACAGGGAACAUCUAAAGAAAAUCCACAUAAUCGAUAUAUCCUGGUACCGAGACAUACUGUACCUAGUGACGAACAUGUCGACCGUGAUGUGGUACAACACUACGUCCCACGAGAAGGGCUUCAUGAACAACAUGGAAAACGUCGGCAGUCUGGCCGUGGAUUGGGUCGGCAAGAGGAUUUAUUGGUCCAAUCCUAAGCAGCAGUUGAUCACUCGAGGAAACUUGGACGGCAGUAACCGAGAACCAGUCCCCAUAGUCACCGUUGCCAAAGAACUGACCAUUGAUUCACUUGGAGCGUACAUUUAUUGGAACACAGGGCACGCGGUGGAAGCUGCAAGGCUUAAUGGCGAGAAGCGGAUGGUGUACUAUCCGGCUCAAUUAUUUAGCGGGAAACAGGUAAUGGGCCUCACAGCUGAUUUGGAAAAGAAGUGGUUGUACUGGCUGGUGCGAAGCUACGACGGAUCGGAACUUCAUCGCGCAAGAACCGCAGACCAAAUCUCACAGAGCGUUAAUGAGGUUUCGGGCUCGCUGGUAUCUCGUCUCGACGGCACCGCGACGCGAGGCUCCCUCUGCUAUUACAGCGGGCGCCUGGUGUGGGUGGCGGACGCGUCGCGCGCGGUGGUGUCGGACCUGCAGGGCCGCAACACGGCGGAGCUGGUGUCGCGCGUGCACGUCAUCGCCGUGCGCGACCCCACGCGGCACAAGGACAGUGAAUCCCUGAUAGCCAUUCCGGAUACCAUCAACGCGUCAUCCAUCGCUGUGUCCGGUGUGUGGGACCGGUUCAACGUGACCUGGAGCCCGGCCGCGGAGGUCAACGUUAACAACAGCCGCGUCUACUACGACGUCGGGCUAAACUUCUCGGGGCUACUCAAAAUUGAGAAAACCAUCGAUGUCCCGUGGCUCGAAGUACAAAACAACAAGAUUCCGCCGUACAGCGCAGUGGAGGUGACCGUCAGGGCGCACACGCACUGGGGCGGCAGCGCGGCGGCGCGCACGGCGCGGCACUCGCCGCAGGCCGCGCCCUCGCCGCCGCGCCGCCCGCGCGUCUACACGCAGCGGAGCACCAGUGGCGGCGCUCUAUCAGCUAUAUUCCGCUGGGAGGCACCGGCGCGCGCGAACGGAGUCGUGCGCGGGUACGAAGCGCGCUGCUGGACGGCGCCGCCCGCCACCGUGCCCGCGUGCGGCAGCCGCCUCGCGCCUUCUCACACGCAGCUCCUCAUACCGCUGGCCGCUGGACUCACUUACUACUUCCAGGUCCGAGGAUACACCGACGCGGGUUUCGGUGACUACUCGAGCAUCGCCUCAGCUUCCCCCAACCACGUGAGCCCCAUCCCCAAGGUGAUGAUCUCCUCCCAGGAGUUCCUCAAGAUCGUCGACCUGGACUCUGGCGAGAGCGAAACGAUCCCGAAGAGCACCGGGACGCCUGUGGACUUCGCUGUUUCCAUUGAAGAGAAUGUGGUCUAUUGGGCGAAUAAUUUGGAUGAGAUAUUCUCCUCGAGGAUCAACGCUAGUGGUCAUUUUAAGUUGGCAUCAAUAAACGGCACAGCGACAAGCAUCUGCACUGACUGGGUGAGCCGCUCGGUGUACCACGCGCAGGCCGAGAUCACCUCCGUGUCCGAGAGCUACGUAGUUUACCGCGCCGACUUGGCCAUGAUAAACACUAGACCCAGACUUGGCUGGCUGUUCGCUAGCAAGAACCCCAUCUACAGUCUACAAGUUGUUCCUUCGCAGAGGUCACUGUACUGGUAUGAAGAGAGCAACUAUCCAGGAUUAGGAACAUUAAUGACGUCAACGACAGACGGGAAGAACAUCCGAAAGUUCUUCAACUCGUCUGAAGAAACGAAGAUGAAAGACGGUUGCGACUGCCCGGAGAGCCCUCAAGUUGCCAGGACCUUCGUCCUCGACACAACUGGCGAUAAACACGAGCUGUACUGGGUGGACCCCUGGGUACACCGCAUCAUGGCCGCCGAUCUAAAAGGCUGUCGCUGCAGAGCUGUCGUCAAUGCUACUGACAAGAAUAAGUAUGGUUUCAUCCCCAUGUCCAUUACAGUCGACAGCAAAUAUAUCUACUGGUUCAAUUCCACAGAUAAAAUAAUUUACUACACUAAUAAAUAUAAGAGAAAUAAGAUUGAGCAAAUUAAAACCUCUCACGGUUACAAGAUAAUGGCGUUAGAUCCAGGUACCCAGCAGUACCCUCAAAAUAAGUGUCUUUUCGCUGAGGCAGAACCGCAAGCGUUAGUACCGCAAGUGAGGUCGACCACAGCGAGUAGUAUAACUCUGCGUCUACCUCCUGCACGAAGACCAACGAGCUGCACUGAUUCGUACAAUAUGCCCUCGACAGAAUACACGGUGCACUAUCGCUUGCCCACUUUAAAUGAAGCUACUUGUAAUAAAGAGCUCUGUCCUUUUAUAACGACCACUAAGACGGAAUUGACCAUACCGAACUUACAACCGUUUACAAAGUACACGAUUACAGUGGAGGCGACCAACUAUUAUGAGAAGCUAUACGAGGUUAAACCUAUCACAGGAUUACCAGUUGUGUUUCAAACCGCUGCAGAAGCACCAACGGCCCCAAAAGGAGUGACGUUUAAAGUGUUAAGUCCGGUGCUGGCGCGAGUGGAGUGGAAGCCCGACCCGGGCUUCUGGUACGAGCUGCAUUGGAGGACCGAAGACGCCUCUGAACAACAUAAAUUCAAAGAACACAACACGUUCGAGGUAUCAAAGGGUGGCAGUGCGAACAUGACUCGAUUAACGCCUUCAACUUUAUACAUCGUGUGGGUGCGCGCUCUGUCCAACCACAGCUCUCAGUCCACGGACUCCUCCCCGCUGCAACUGAGGACCUACCCUUUGCCGGCACCCAUAGCGCUUAAAACAGCUGAAGCUUAUAGACUGCUGGUUUUGUGGCCACCCCCUACGUCGUAUAAAUUGCACAAGUAUGCAGUGGAAUACGCAGAAAUGAAUCAGUCGGGUGGCAACGUGUGGCACGACGCGAUCUCGGUGGACGGCAACGGGCUGUGGGCGGCGAGUCCGCUCCGCCCCGGCGCCCGCCACCGCCUCCGCCUCCGCCUGCAGUACGUGCCCGGCGGCCCGCCGUUUCACUGGCCACACGACGAGCGGUUCAUUUUUGAAACUAUAGGUGACGUGCCCGCGGCCGUGGGCGCGCUGCACGUGGACGUGGUGGACGCGCUGGGCUCGCGCGUGCCGCGCGCGUGGUGGGCCGAGCCCGACCCGCGCGGCGCCGCCGUCGACCACUACCGCGUGUGGGGCCGCCCGCACCACAGGUCAUACCAAGCCAACGAAAGCAUGACGAGGGAUAUAUCGGAGCUGCUAAAAGACUUGCCGAGCGACCUGGACGAUGAUUUGAAGACCCGCAUCUUGCGAGAAGGCCUGGAACUGCUACACAACGGAACAGACACGUACUGGAUAAUCGGCUUGGGCAAAGUAUCCGAAGGCUACUCCGCGAUGGUGCAGGCGCACAACCGCUACGGCUGGGGCGCGCUGUCGCCGGCCGCGGAGCUGGACGCCGCGCCGCUGGCGGCCGCGAUGCGGCCCCACCCUGUUGCACUCGCUGUGGCUGUGGCCGCACUCGCCGCGCUCGCUCUUGCUGUGGCCGCCUGUGUGUUCUACACUUACAACAAACGCAACGAGAAGAAAACCGCUUUGGAAAAUCAGAUGCUGAACACGGUGCCGCGACGCGGUCCGGAUGUAGAACUGGCUACACUGAGGCAGUUGCCCAUCCGACAUUCCACAAACAUACUGUACAAUCAGGGCGUCCACUGCCCAUCGGACGCGGAACUGGCCAGUCUUCCACAUAUCAGACGCGAACAGAUAACACUGACCAAGUUCUUAGGAUCGGGCGCCUUUGGAGAGGUGUUUGAGGGCGUGGCGCGGCACAUUGACGGCUCCAACGCGGACACUAAAGUCGCUGUUAAGACACUGCGCAAAGGAGCGACGGAGCAAGAAAAGAACGAGUUCCUAAAGGAAGCGGCGCUGAUGUCGAACUUCAAACACGAGCACAUCCUGAGGCUGCUCGGCGUGUGCCUCGACAACGACCCGCAUUACAUCAUCAUGGAGCUGAUGGAGGCUGGGGACCUGCUGAGUUACUUGCGAGCCAAGCGGGCUUCACUGUACACGUCAGAAUCUCUGACACUCGUGGACCUCCUGAACAUGUGCGUGGACGUGACCAAAGGCUGCCGCUACCUCGAGGAGAUGCACUUCGUGCACCGCGACCUCGCGUGCCGCAACUGUUUGGUGGCCACGCGGGCGAACGGUCGCGUCGUGAAGAUCGGCGACUUCGGGCUCGCGAGGGACAUUUAUAAAAAUGACUACUAUAGGAAAGAGGGUGAAGGAUUGCUGCCAGUGCGAUGGAUGGCGGUGGAGUGCCUUGUAGACGGGGUGUUCUCGUGCCAGUCCGACGUGUGGGCAUGGGGCGUUCUUUGCUGGGAGGUGCUGUCCCUCGGCCAGCAGCCGUACCCCGCGCGCACCAACCGCGAGGUGCUGGGCUACGUGCGCGCGGGCGGCACGCCCGACCGCCCGCCCAACUGCCCUUCGCUCUUUUACGAGCUCCUCCAGAAGUGUUGGAGCUACAACGCGGAGGCGCGGCCGUCGUUCCGGCAGUGCCUGGAGCUGGUGACGGCGCUGCGCGACAACACGGCGCCCGAUGUCGCGCUCGCCGCCACGCCCGCGCCCGCCCCGCCGCACUACCUCACGCUGCUCGGCGACGACGCCGUCGACAACCGGACCUACCUGCUGGAUGAGAAUGACAACGCCUGCUUAGAUGAGGAUCCCGAGCACCAAAUGGAGCCCUCACGUUUACUCCCCGAACGUGUCCCGAAGUACCUGGAGCUGAUGUACGACAGCGACUCGGCGGGCGUGUGCGACGGCUACGAAAUACCGAGGACGCCUUUCCCCAACAUCCCCUCGACCAGACAUAGUAUAAUAGGCGUCGCGCCUAACAGACUGAUAAAGCCACCGAUAUACCGGACGCAUUCUCUGCGAGCGAAUACUAGGCCUCCUAACGCAACUAUAAUUCCGUUACGGAACGGUUUGGUAAAGCGAGCUUCGCUAUGCGACGCACUGACUCGAGAGAGGCCGAGCGACGCGAUACACUCUAACGAUCAUUUCAAGACUUCUUUUUGAACUGUGAUAUUAGGCCAUUUUAUUUUUGUGUACAGUCAGCAAAUUUAUUACAAGCCUAGAAAUUUGUAAGCAGAAAAUUACUAAAAUAGUUUUGCUUACUGUACAUUAUUCCACCGAUCUAAACGCUUUAGUGGUACUAUUUAAUGUUAUUUAUUUAUUUAGUUAAGCUGUAAAUAGUCUUAUUCGUUGUACAUAUUAAUUAAGACAACGGUUAUUAGCAUGGGAUUCAUGUGGUGUUUAGAAUGUAAUAUGCAUUUAUAAUAAGUUUCCUAGCCAUUCCUAAUUAUUGAAUGCGUUGAAAUGUCAAAGUUUUAUUUGUACACAGUAAUAAAACAAUAAUUCGUCUA